AUGAACGAACCAGCGGUGUUCGGUACGAACCUCGACCGACCCUUCAACUGGCCGGAGGAUGAGAAGCCAUACUGGAGCCUGAAGUGUGCGGUGAACGAAUGGGACGACCCGCCCUACAAGCCUAAGUCUAUAUACGGUGAUGGGGGUGUAGAUAGGCUGUCCGUGAAGACACUGUGCAUGGUGGGAGAGCAAGGAGAUGCGGCAGAGUACAAACACUACGACGUACACAGCCUGUACGGAUGGAGUCAGUCAGAACCCUCGCUCAA